AUGAUGCGAGCUGACGAGCCUAGUUUGGGCGGUGCGCCCUCUGCACCGUCUAUGGCAGAGUCCAUGCAGCCAGCGUCCGUGUUGGAGCGGGCCAAGAACUUGAACCGUCGUGUGCAGCAUAUGAUUGACAGUACUGCGCCGUUCACUGUGCAGCGUUGGGGCGCCACAUCGGGCCUCUUGUUGCUGUUCAUGCUGCGCAUUGUCCUGUCACAUGGAUGGUAUAUUGUGUGCUAUGCGCUCUUCAUCUACCUACUCAACCUGUUCCUUGCGUUCCUCACGCCCAAGUUCGACCCUGCGUUCGAGUCGGAUCUUGCGAUGCAGGACGUGGAAGAUGGCGCACCAGGCCUGCCGACCAGUGCGCCCGCCAGCUCAGGCCUGAUGAGCGACGUGUUCCACCCUUCCGAGCGUCAGGACCAGGAGGAAUUCCGCCCCUUUAUCCGUCGGCUGCCCGAAUUCAAGUUCUGGCUUAGUGCGACACAGGCCAUCCUCUUGUCGCUCGGCGCCACCAUGUUCAGUGUAUUUGAUAUUCCCGUGUUCUGGCCCAUUCUGGUCUUGUACUUCAUUACGCUCUUUGUCAUUACUAUGCGUCGCCAGAUUGAGCACAUGAUUCGGUACAAAUACUUGCCCUUCGAUAUUGGACGCAAAGCGCGUUAUGGUCGUAGCUAA